AUGGAAUAUAAUGAUUGGCUACAAGAAGAAGAGGAUGAGCCAUAUGUGGAGCCACCAUUUGAUGAGAGUGUUCUUACACCGGAACAAAAAGUGAAGUUGGAUGAACUUCACAACGAACAUCCGACAUUGGUAAGGAGUGAUUUAGCGAUUUUGAUCCGGUUGAAUCUCUUAUCACACCGGGCAGCAUGUGAAGGAAGAGAAGUCACAUUCUAUGAAGAACAAGAAGCUCAUGCGCUUAAAAAGGUAAUAUAUUGGGUUCCACCAAGCGAACUAGAAGGUACAUGCGUUUCAACCCUUGAAAUUCAUGAUGUUGAGGAUAUUCAAAUGUCAUGCAUUGAAUAUGUGACUUCUAGUUUGCAUACUUCCAUGAUCAUUGAUGAAUGUUUUGAUUUGAUAUGUGAGUCUCAACGACUAGAUACUUUAAGAGCAGCAAAACUUGCUAGGGAUUACCAUGAAAUAUGUUUUGAUAUUGAAUAUCAUUGUGCUUUGAAUGUUCAUGAUCUCAAGUUUAAGUUUUCAAUGCCUGAAAUAUCUAGAUCUCUUCUUGAUGAAUCUUUCCUAGGAGUUGUGCUUGAUAUUGAUAAGAUUUUGCAUGAGAAUGAAGAUCCUGAGGUUGAUUAUAUGGAUGGAGAUAUUGUGCUAUACGAGAUUAAUGGCGAUGAAGUUGAUUAUUUUGUUCAACCCUCGUGUAAACAGGAAAUUGACUUUAUUUUUCCUCCAAAUGCAUUUCAUCCUCAUGAGCAUUCAACCAUCAAGGAAUAUUUCAAAGCUAUAGGUGCUCGAGCUGGAUUCGGAGCAUCUUGUGCACGAUUGAGCCUAUUCGGAGCUAAAACAAUGGAGAAACGGUACAAGAGAUCACCAGGAGCUGGGGAUCGAUCGAUCCAAGGCGUGGAUCGAUCGAUCCCAAUUGUGACGAUGAAGCCAAAACCCCCUACGAUCGAAGAGAUGUAUCAGGAGAAGUCGCUGCAUGAGCACAUUUUGCUCCGUCCUGACGCGUACAUAGGUUCGAUUAAGGAGCACACCCAGCCGCUCUGGGUAUUUGAAAAGGGCGAGAUGGUUUACCGGCGAACGACUUAUGUCCCUGGCCUUUGCAAAAUCUUUGAGGAGAUACUCAUGAAUGCGGUUGACAAUAAACGUACAGAUCCGUCUAUGGAUUCUAUCAUCGUGAAGAUCGAUGUUGACCAGAAUACAAUCAGCGUCCGUAACAACGGAAAUGGAGUUCCCGUGGCGCAGCUUGAGGAGAAAAAUGUUUAUAUCCCUGAAUUGGUUUUUGGUUGUCUCUUGACCAGUAGUCACUUUGAUGACAAUACCACUGGUGGCAGAACCGGAUAUGGCGCCAAGCUCACCAACAUAUUCUCCACUAGAUUCACCAUUGAAACAAAUUUAAACAGGUAUGAACAUGAAAAAAUCGUGUUCACACGAAACAUGAAAGAAAAGUCAACUCCCGUUGUGACCACAUGCGAAUCCAUUGAUAAAUGGACAGAGGUUACAUUUGAACCUGACUUGGAGAUGUUUCACAUAAGUAAAAUUGGUAAGGAUACAGUAGCUCUAAUGGAAAAACGAAUAGUAGAGUGUGCUGCGUGUUUGGGAGAGACUGUGAAAGUAACCAUUAACGACACACUACUUGAAGUAAACUCAUUCAAUGAUUAUGUUGAUUUAUACCUUGGAGCCAAUAGUUCAAGGAAUGAUCCUCUACCAAGGAUGACUGUGAAAGUAAAUGACAAAUGGGAGAUAUGUGUGAGCUUAAGUAAGGACAAGUUUCAGCAGAUUAGCUUUGUCAACUCCAUAGCCACAACCAAAGGUGGUCCACACGUCGAUUAUGUGACCACUCAAAUCAUAGAUUUCAUUACUAAUUCUGUGAAGAAAAAGAUGAACUAUGCUAAAGUGGAGACGGAUAAUGUUAAGAAACACAUGUGGGUGUUUGUCAAUUGUGUUAUUGAUCAUCCAGUCUUUGACUGGCUGAAGGAAACAUUGAUUUUUCCAGAGAGCAGUUUUGGGUCGAAAUGCAAACUUUCAAAAGAUAUUCUCAAGAAAGAUGAGAAUCCUGGGAUGGUAAAGCAGUUGCUUUCAUGGGCAACUUCCAAGCAUGGCAAAGAUCUUGACCUAGGCAUCGAAAAAUUAGUUGAUGCUAACAAAGCAGGAGGGGAAGACUCCAAACUCUGCACAUUGAUUCUAACAGAGGGGGAUUCUGCAAAGACUCUCGUUAUGACGGGGUUGUCUUUCCUGAGUGACGAGUCACGUGAACUCUACGGUGUGUUUCCCCUCCAAGGAAAGUUGAUGAAUGUGAGGGGUGCCAGUGAAGAUAAAAUAAAUAAAAACAAGAAAAUUCAACAGUUAAAGACUAUUCUCGGAUUAGAGAAUGGAAAGGAGUAUGGCAAUCUAAGAUAUGGCCAUGUCAUGAUCAUGACCGAUCAGGAUCACGAUGGAUUUCAUAUUAAAGGUCUAAUAAUCAAUUUAUUCCAUGUAAUGUGGCCGGAGUUACUCGAAAGGGAUCCAUCCUUCCUAUGUGAGUUUGUAACACCAAUAGUGAAGGCUACGCACGAGGAUGGAAAAAAAGAGACAUUUUUCUCAAUGCCUGAGUUAAAAAAAUGGAAAAAUAAUCUCUUACCUAAUGAUAUACCAAGAUGGACCUACAAAACCUACAAGGGUUUGGGUACAAGUUCGGAUGAGGAAGCACAGACCUAUUUUGAAAAUAUUAGUAUUCACAAAAGGGAUUUCCUCUGGCAGAAUGAAGAUGAUGGAAAAGCUAUCGAUUUAGCAUUCAAUAGCGAUAAGCCAGAAGAUCGAAGAACUUGGCUCAAGAACUAUCGGUCUGACACACACCUUGACCGUUACUCUGAGUUUAUCAACAAAGAACUCAUCUUGUUCUCCAAAGAAGACAAUCGAAGGUCCAUUCCCGAGAUGAUUGAUGGGCUUAAACCGGGCCAGAGAAAGACGCUCUUUUGUUCAUUGGCUAGAGAUUGGAAGACAGAAUGCAAAGUCUCUGUAUUAACGGCUCAUGCAAUAGAUAGGUCGGAUUACAACCAUGGAGAACAAAGCCUUGCCAGUACCAUCAUCAAGAUGGCACAAGAUUAUGUUGGCAGCAGCAAUGUUAAUCUCCUUUUACCAAUGGGACAGUUUGGCUCGCAAAUUUUUGGGGGACAAGAUGCAGCAAGUGCAAGAUACCUUUACACUAUGAUCUCUCCAGCUACAAGAGCCUUGUUUCACAAAGAUGAUGAUGUCCUUCUUGCCUGGAUGGAUGGAGACAAUCAAAGAAUGAUAGAGCCGAAAUGGUACAUACCUAUCAUUCCAACUGUCCUUGUCAAUGGAUGUGAAGGGAUUGGAACUGGGUGGAGUACAUUCGUCCCAAAAUAUAGCACUAAAGACGUUAUAAAAAACAUAAUGCGGCUAAUGAGUGGUGAGGCUCUUGAGCCUAUGGUUCCAUCUUAUAGAGGAUUUAAAGGAACGAUCACGGAAACAGAAGGUGGGUUCAUUACAAAAGGUGUAUUCGAGAAGAACAUUCAAAACUCAACCAUCCGCAUCACCGAGCUACCUAUCAAGCAUCUGUCGAAUUACAAGAAGUUCUUGCAUGUCUUGAAGACAGAAGAAAAGUUUAUCAAGGAAAUAAGGGACAAUAGUAGUCGAUCAAGUAUAGAUAUUCUGCUGACAUUGAGUAGAGAAAACAUGGAGAUUGCUGAUGAAGACAUUUAUACAAAGCUCAAACUCAGGACAAAAAUCCUCACAACAAAUAUGAACCUCUUCGAUCCUACUUCCCAAGAAGAAAUAAAGAAAUAUGGAAGUCCACUUGAUAGUAAGAUUAAUUCUGUUUUUCUUCGCCUUGAAAUUUACUAA